AUGGCGCUGUCCUCCUCCUGCCCCUCCCCUCCCCCAACUGCCGUCACGCCGCUCCCCUGGGCGCCCCGCCGGGCCCCCCCUCCUCCUCUUCCUCCUCGCCUCUCCCGGGCUGGACAGCCUUCCUCCGGGGCCUGCUUCCCGCUCCCCCCGGCCUCCGCCCUCGGAGCUCACAUUGUGACUGUGGAGGCUGCCGCGGCCCCCCGGGACACACCCUGCGUCCCGGGCCGGACCACGGGUCACCCGGCUCCUUUCCGCCUGCAGCCCCCAGACCCAGAGUCCAGUCUCUGGCCCGGGCCUCGUUCAAGAAGGACCUUCCUCGGGGCCUCACCUCCCUGGCCUCGGCCCCGGGAGGAACCCCCCCCCGCCCCGUCGCCCUCGGGCGGGCCUCGGACACGGACACCCGCGAUCGGGGCUCGUGGCUGCCCGUCUUCUUCCCUCUAUCGGUGUCAGAGGGCAGACGUCCCCCGGCCCCCUCGCCUUCACCAAGUUCAUUCCGAGCCUCCCGCAUGCCGCCCUUCUCUCUAGGAAUUUCACCAGGAGCCACGACUCUAGGCAGACUCAAGUGUGCAUGGAACCCGGGACUGGAAGCCACAUAGCCUGAAUUAUUGGAUCAAACUAGGUUGCGGCUGCCGAAAUACCUAGUGGUGACACAGUCUGUUAACCAGGAAUGUAUUUGAUGGCUUUUCAGUGAGUUUCUAGAUUAUGUUGUUGCAAGUCCAGACCACACAACCAUCAUCCAGAAACAGCUGUGAAGAAGAGUCAUCCACACUGGCAAGCAGCUGCCGCACACAAAGCAGCACCCUGCCUAAACUAAGCAGCAAGGAGGCUUGAGAGAGAGUCAGGUGGCAGCAUGUGCCAGGAUAGUCAAAACACAACCACCUUGACCUACCUAGCAUGUCCCCUCAGACCCUGAAAGAUGUAGCCCAAGACCCUGAACCCAAGAGCUUUGGGAAUAAUAUUGCUCUCCAAACCACCACACCUGCUUUCAAUCAAGCCCUCUUCCCCCCCCAAAAAAAAUGUCAAAGGGUCCCACUUAGUGCUACCAGCAAAAACUGUUGACAACUGCCAUAACAGGUAGAUAAACACAGGAGCCCUAGGAGAGACAGCACUCUUCAGACCACCUUUCUUUCUUCUAGUGCAGCCCUCAUAGCUAUUUUCAGAAGAAGCAAAUCCUGUGGAGAAGGGGUCAAUCAUCCUUCCCAACUGUUAUUCACAGGGCAGGCAAGCCAACCUAACUGAAGCAGCAAGGUAUCCUGAGGGAAAGAUAGGAGACAGCAUGUGCCAAGCAAGUCAGACCACCAUUACGUCCUUGACCACCAUCUCCCCUCAGACUCUUAUGGAAACAACUCAAGAUCCUGAACCCAAGAGCCCUGGGAAUAGUAAUGUUUCCAGCCUACUACACUCAGCCAUCUUCCAACACUCAGCCUAGUAACACCAGCCUUUGUGGAGA